GGAAGGAGCCAUUGAAAUGACAGCCCACAAGCACUGGGUGCCCCUCCAAGGGCACAAGGGGAGCUGGGCGAAAAUGUUUCAUCUUCUCUAAACAGGGAGCGUGGCCAUCUGUCUGGUACCCACAUCCAGCCGAUUCUCCCAACCUCACAGGCUGCUUUGUUCUGAGGUGACACUAUCUGGGCCCCAUCCAUCCUUCCUCACAGCACCCUCAGCACCUUAAGCCUCCACCCCCAGCCACAUUUUGGGAGAAAGAUGGAGUCCAAGGUCUCAGAAGGUGGCCUGAAUGUGACCCUGACCAUCCGCCUACUAAUGCAUGGAAAGGAAGUCGGCAGCAUCAUUGGGAAGAAAGGGGAGACUGUGAAGAAGAUGCGUGAAGAGAGUGGCGCCAGGAUCAACAUCUCAGAAGGAAACUGCCCAGAGAGAAUUGUGACUAUCACAGGCCCAACAGACGCCAUCUUCAAGGCCUUUGCCAUGAUAGCCUACAAGUUUGAAGAGGAUAUCAUUAACUCCAUGAGUAACAGCCCUGCCACCAGCAAACCCCCGGUGACACUGAGGCUGGUGGUCCCAGCCAGCCAGUGUGGGUCCCUGAUCGGCAAAGGUGGAUCCAAGAUCAAAGAGAUCAGGGAGUCCACAGGUGCCCAGGUCCAGGUAGCAGGAGACAUGCUACCCAACUCCACAGAGCGGGCGGUGACCAUCUCAGGGACACCAGAUGCCAUCAUCCAGUGCGUCAAGCAGAUUUGUGUGGUCAUGCUGGAGUCCCCACCGAAAGGUGCCACCAUUCCCUACCGCCCAAAGCCCGCCUCCACCCCUGUCAUUUUUGCAGGUGGUCAGGCCUACACGAUCCAGGGACAGUAUGCCAUCCCCCACCCGGAUCAGUUGACCAAGCUCCACCAGUUGGCCAUGCAGCAAACCCCCUUUCCUCCCCUCGGACAGACCAACCCCGCUUUCCCCGGAGAAAAGCUGCCUUUACACUCCUCCGAAGAAGCUCAAAAUCUGAUGGGCCAGUCGUCAGGUCUGGAUGCCAGCCCUCCGGCCAGCACUCAUGAGCUCACCAUUCCCAAUGAUCUAAUAGGCUGCAUAAUUGGACGCCAAGGGACCAAAAUCAAUGAAAUUCGUCAGAUGUCCGGGGCUCAGAUCAAAAUCGCCAAUGCCACUGAGGGGUCAUCAGAGCGUCAAAUCACCAUCACAGGGACCCCGGCAAACAUCAGCCUUGCUCAGUAUCUCAUCAAUGCCAGGCUGACAUCCGAGGUCACCGGGAUGGGUGCACUUUAAUCCCACCCAGGACCCUCCAUCCUGCAUACCUGACGCUCAAGCCUGCAGUCUCACCGGCCGACUGCCCCUCCUCGUAAACAUGAAUAGAGCAUUUUCUUUACUAGCAGAGCCCACAUGUGCUAUGGAUACAGCACAGACAUCCACACCCCCACCCUGAGUUAGCUGUGCCCAUCCCUGAGUCCGCAUGCUGUGCUGGUUACUUUAAUGCUUCAUGGUAUUCCUGUGUGUGGCAUCUUAGAAACGUAUUCCUCAGUAUCAGUGUGACUGUCUGUUUUAAGAGCUGGCUGCUUUGGCAGUACCUCCUGUGACCUGCUCUCCUCCACACUUGGACACCCUGUUCUCGCUUAUCAUGCUGACUCAGUUUCCCCUCAGAGCCCUGCUGUCUGGGUUCACAUUUCUACCCCAAGUCAUGUGCUAGAGUCAGGGUGUCUUUCCUGCACCUACAGAGAGUGCCUGGGAGAGGAAGGGCUUGGGGGUGACCUGAAGAACAGGGUGGGGGCAGACGUUGCUGGUCUACUACCUGGAGUAUCUCAUGGUA